GAAAAACCAAGUUCAAAAAUCUUGUCUUUUUCCGACAGCGUUUCGAGGGGAACUGGAAGAGCCACCGCAGGUUGCUUAUUCAAGCAAUAAUGGUCGACAUAGAUCGGAGGAUAUCCGGUCUGAACCCUGCACAUAUAGCAGGCUUACGCCGUCUCUCUGCUCGUGCCUCCGCUCCUUCAACUGCGUCUUCCCUCUCCGUUCGCGACGGUCUUCAGUAUUUCUCUUCAUUAGCGGAUAAAGUUAUAACCCAUUUACGGGAGUCGGGUUUCAAAGUCCAACCGGGUUUGUCCGACGCUGAGUUCGGUCGAGCUGAAGCUGAGUUUGGUUUUGUUUUCCCGCCUGACCUCCGAGCCAUAUUAUCAGCCGGUUUAGCCGUGGGUCCGGGUUUUCCCGAUUGGCGGUCCAAUGGAGUCCGACCCCAUCUUCGAGUUUUGAUUAAUCUUCCCAUCGCUGCAAUUUCCUUUCAGAUAGCGCGUAACAUGUUAUGGUCCAAAUAUUGGGGCCCGAGACCUUCUAACCCGGAAAAGGCUUUACGGGUAGCGAGGAAUGCCGUUAAAAAAGCUCCCUUUUUGAUCCCCAUUUUCAAUCACUGUUAUAUUCCCUGUAACCCAUCUUUAGCGGGUAACCCAAUUUUCUUCAUUGACGAAACCCAGAUUUUCUGUUGCGGAUUCGAUAUAACUAGCUUUUUCGACAGAGAACCUUUGUUCGGGAGCUCUGAAUCCGACUCGGGCUGGUUGAAAAAACAGAGAUCGGUCAGUGAGAAAUCAGCCGUGUCGUCCUCUAACGUCUGGAGGCGGAGUAGUAUAGAUGCCGAUUUCCUUAACGGGAAUCGGGCCCCUAGAUGGGUCGAGUUCUGGAGCGACGCGGCGGUUGAUCAUCGCCGGAGACACUCAUCGUGUUCUCUCUCGAAUUCUUCGUCCGACACGUAUUUCGAUAUUCCGAGAACCAAAAUUCCGAAAUGGGUGGAGGGUUACAUUGAGGAAAUCGGAUCCGUUCUUAGAGAAGGCGGGUGGAGUGAGUCCGACAUAGCAGAGAUCGUAGACGUGUCGUCAUCUGGGUUUUUCGAAGAAGAGAUGGUUUUAUCGGAUAACCAAGCAGUUCUGGAUGCGCUGCUUUUAAAAGUAGAGCGGUUCUCAUAUUCGCUCCGGAAGGCUGGAUGGAGCUCCGAACAAGUUUCGGAUGCUCUAAGUUUUGAUUAUCGACCGGAGAAGGAAAAGAAACCUGCCAAGAAAUUAUCCCUAGAGCUGCUUACAAAAAUUAGUGAAUCAGUUGGCUUCCACAACAAAGUUUCGUUUUUUUAGUUAUUCUAAUUUUCU